UAAUUGGAACAGAGAAACUUAUGCAUCGAAUUACACAGUGAAGAAUUUGAGACUACGGUUCUGUCUUGUUUGCAUUGCGUGUUUCGGCUACUUCGCUGUUGUAAAGCUGUAUUAGUUCUUGUCGAACUGUUUCACCACUUUCUAGAGACUCAAAUUUGCAGUAUUUUACUCGUAGGUCAACAUGGGCGAUUCAUACGACAUCGAUAAAGUAUCCAUUCCGAGACUCGCGCUGCUAAAGAAGGGUAGCCAAGGAUAUGGCUUUAACUUACACGGAGACAAAACUCACCCGGGACAAACUAUCAGCGCUGUGGACAAAGACAGUCCCGCCGAAAUUGGAGGCCUAAGAGAAGGAGAUAGGGUGAUUGAAGUCAACGGUGUUAAUGUUGAGGAUAUGACACACGGCGAUGUUGUAAAAAGGAUCAAGGAAAACCCAAACGAGGCUACGUUACUAGUAUGUGACAAGGAUACUUUGGCGUACUUAAAACAAAAUAAUCGGGCUUGUAGCGCGGAUUUAGCAACCUUACAGACUGUGGUUGAGUCAAAACCGAGCGAGGAGGAGACUUCGGUUCCUUCUGUUGUCGUUAAUGGCGAUUCACAUCAAGAAGAAGUAGUUCAAAGCUCUGCUGAGGUUGUGGCCGAAAGCGCUCCGCCCCCUGCACAGACAGAGACGGAAGAUACUACGACCCCUGAAGAAGUUAAAGAACUAAGCAACGUCCUCGACGAACAAGAUACCAAACCUGAAGAGCCAGCAGAGGCUGAGACCGCUCCAGAAGCCGUGGAAUCGGUCCCUGAGCCAGCACAUGAAGUAGUAUCCGAAUCAGCGCCCACGGAGCCACCCAAGCCAACCGAACCCGAGCCUUCUCCAGCCGAACCCGAGCCUACCCCAGCCGAACCCUCUAGUCAACCAACUGAUGACGGUCUGAAGUUCGACAUGAACAGCGCCAGACCAAAAAAGAAAAAUGUUAAGGUUGCUGGAGGCUGGUCGAAUAAAGUAAGCGUUAUUGACUCUCUGUAGAAUUACUAUAUACAGUGACUUUUGGGCAAAAUGGCGGCCCUUCGUGACUCGCUGUACUCGAGUAAUGACUGUUGAAGAUGCUCAAAUCCCCCGUCUAAAAUUAUAUCAGUCUUAUGGGGAACAUUUGGUGAUGUACGUGCGGAAUUUGGUUCAGUGUUUAAUUACUGUUACCAUAGCACCGUAUAGCUGAUUCUUUUAGUAUUAGACCUGCAUAAUAGAGACCUCUAUUUUUUGAGAAAAAAUAUAAGAUUUGUAGCCCGUUUCAUUUUGUACCAUUCCCCAUGUCAAAUGUCAUACAAACUUGGCAUGUCUAGUUGCACGGGUAUUCGAUUUGUGAGCUACCAUUGUUAUUCUAAACACCAAGAGAUAAAUUCUAUCGUUGUUUUUUUAUUUAACAAACCGUGGGAGCUUUAAGAAUGUCGUGAGCGCUGUGUAGUAAUUACCAUAUAUUUGUUCCACAUCGUUUAGUUCCAAUUGAAAAUGCCAUGUAUGUUCUAGAAUACUCGAUGAUAAAUGAUUCCAGAUUAUUGUAUUACGGUACAAGUAUCUCGCUUAUAACAACAUCAGUAAUUUUGUCAAUUUUAAGGACGUACACAUAAUGGAAGCGGUAAAAAUAACAUUGAUUUUCAAGUAUUGUGUAUUCGCGUUUAUCGUGUAGUAUGUAUGUAGCCAGUUUUGCAGAGCUCAACUUUCAAAUAAAGUUUAUGAAUCGAUUGUUCGCUACUCUGCAA